AUGGAUCCAAAAUGUGCUGUUUGCGAAAAAACUGCGUAUGCAACAGAAAGAAUAAUGGUUAAUGGUAAAGCAUAUCAUAAGCCAUGUUUUCGAUGUUUACAUUGCAAAUCAGUUCUAAAACCGGGUAAUUUUACAUCAAAUGAUGGUAAAGUUUAUUGUAAAACUCAUUAUAUGCAAUUAUUUAAAGUCAAAGGAAAUUAUAUAUCAGGCUUUGCAGGUGAAACUAAUGUAAUUGGUGAUUCAAUAAAUAAUAAAACUGGUGCUAUCGAUCAACAAAAUAUUGAAGCAGAAUAA